CCCUGGAUAGAAGCCACGUCGCUAAAAUAAUAAAUAUGUUUCUAUAAAUGCUGUCACUAUAAAUGGUUAGCUGGCAAAUUGAGCUAGCUAACGUAAGCUAGUUUAGCUUGCUAGCUAACGGUUUAUUAUGCGGGCGAAGUUUAGCUAACAGCCAGUGGACUGUAGGGAUAGCUAGCUAGCUUUGGUUAACGUUAGCAGUUUGAAAGCUCUACUAAAUAUAUUUGCAAUAUUUAUCAAACUUAACUAACUGCAGUGAACAGUGUUAGCUAGCAAGCUACUUGACGUUAGCCAUCUAGAGCAACCUCGUUUGCUGACGUAGUUAGCUAAGUUACCUUCUGGAGCUAGCUAGGUAACCUAUCUAUUUAAUAGCUUGCAUAGUAGCUAGAUAUUGUUUGGUCAGUGUGGUAGCAUUAUUAGGCUAGCUAAAGCAACAGUACAUAUGGCUUCUUGCUUUCAGAUCCAAACCAGUAGAAAACUGACUGGUUGGCCAGCUCAUAUAAUCGUUGCCUAGGAGUUUUCUGUGACAAGGGAUAAUGUCCCACCACUGAAGAUGGGAGGCAGUGGAUCCAAGGUGAAAGGUGCUUGGCCAUUUGCUGGUUCGGGAGCUGGAGGGGAUUCGGGCAGUGAGGGGCAAGAAGAUCACUCUGUUGCCCGGCUCAAAGGGACCAGAAAAGCAACCCCAUUUAUUUUCACAAGGAGGAGCUCUCUCUACUAUGAUGAGGAUGGGGACCUGGCUCAUGAGUUCUAUGAAGAGACUGUAGUGACAAAAAAUGGCCGGAAGAGGUCCAAGCUGAAGAGGAUUCAGAAGAACCUCAUACCUCAGGGAAUUGUGAAGCUAAACCACCCCCGGAUCCAUGUAGAUUUCCCUGUCAUCCUCUUUGAGGUGUGAAUCCCACUGGGGGGGGGGUGGUCUAACGCAGAAAAGACACAUCACUACAACCGCUCCAUCCUGAAUGCUAGUGUUUCUCUGAGAGAAUGGGUGGGAUGUCUGACUCCACUCAGAAGCUGUCGACAGACCACCUGAGUUAUGUGGCGGACAAAAAGAAAGGGGAGGAGGAGUAGAUAGAGUUAAACGUUCUGCCUUCUGUGAUGUAGAGAAGUGUGUGUGUGUGUGUG